AAACAAAAAACAAAAAGUAGGAAAUUGCUUUUUAAACAAAUCAAAUCACAGAAGAGGUUUGCUGAUAUAUCCUACUGUGUCACCUUCUUGCUACAAAUGGAAGUUAGGAUUUGAACUUCUUUCAACUUGUUUUUCCUGGGUUUCAUAAUCUGGGUGUAAUUAAUCUCAUACAAAAGCUUAUGUCUUUGAGUUCAGUGUAAGGUAUUAUGUAUAUUGAACUUCCAAUUUUUUAAUCUUGUUGAUGGAGUCUUAUGUUUGAUUGAUGAUCAGCUUGUGGAAUCUAAGUUUGUUUUGUGAUUUCUGGUGACUAUUUCAUGUAAAUUUGGCUUCUUUGAGUCUAUAGGUUUGAAUUUGAAACCCAAGAAUUAAGCUUUCAAGUGAUUUCUGGAUGUUAUUGUUACUGUGAUGUGCUGAUUGAGGAUGAUUUUGAUCUAUAAUGGAAAAGGAGAUGAAAUUUGUGGGUAAUUCGACUGAAAGAUUGGGGAUUUUGUUAUAGACAAGUGAUUAUUUUCUGAUGUUUUAGUUGGUAGAAUUUUAUUGUAGUGAGGUACUGUGUAUAAUCAUGGAGAAACAACAAAGUUUGAAGGGAAGAACCAUGGGAAAACAGGUUAGUUUUAAGGGAAGAACAAUGGAGAAACAGGUGAGUUUUAGUGCAAAAACAAUGGAGAAACAAGUAAGUUUUAAGGGGAAAACAAUGGAGAAACAGGUAAGUUUUAAACAAAAAGUGAUGGAGAAACUCCCAAGUUUUAAUGGUGUUACUGAAAAUUCAUCGACUUCACGUGGAUUGAUGGAAAAACAUCCUAGUUUCCGUGGUGCACUGGAGAAACAGAAGAGUUUUCGUGGUUUUGUGGAGAGACAGAAGAGUUUUCGAGUUAUAAUGGAAAGGCAGCUUAGUUUUAUAGGUGGUGGUGGUGAGAAGAAGAAGAACAAGGAAUCACCUGGAAAACGAGGUGAUUCGCAAAUUCAUUUGGCAGCUCGCGCUGGGAAUUUGAGUAGAGUCAGAGAGAUUCUUCAAAGUUGUGAUCCUAAUGAGGCGAAUGAUCUGUUGGCAAUUCAAAAUCAGGAAGGAGAAACUCCCCUCUAUGCCGCAGCAGAGAACGGACAUGUGGGAGUUGUGGUAGAGAUGUUGGAAUACAUGAACCUCGAGACUGCGUCCAUUCCUGCUAGGAAUGGAUAUGACCCAUUCCAUAUUGCAGCUAAGCAGGGUCAUCUUGAUGUGUUGAAUGAACUUUUGCAAGUGUUCCCCAAUUUGGCCAUGACCACAGAUUUGACCUGUACAACCGCCUUGCAUACAGCUGCCACCCAAGGUCAUAUAGAUGUGGUCAAUCUUCUCCUGGAAACGGAUUCAAAUCUGGCUAAAAUUGCCCGUAAUAAUGGUAAGACCGCUCUCCAUUCAGCUGCAAGGAUGGGCCAUGUGGAAGUUGUAAGGUCCCUCCUGACCAAGGAUCCAAGCACUGGCCUACGAACAGAUAAAAAAGGACAAGCUGCACUGCACAUGGCUGUUAAGGGUCAAAAUAAGGAAAUUGUAAUGGAGUUGCUAAAGCCUGACCCUGCUGUGUUGAGCUUGGCAGAUAAUAAAGGAAACACAGCAUUGCAUAUCGCCACAAUGAAGAUUCGUACACAGAAUGUACGUUGCUUGUUAUCAGUUGAGGGUAUCGAUGUAAAUGCAAUUAACAAAGCUGGAGAGACCCCACUUGACAUUGCAGAAAAACUCAGUAAUCCCGACAUUAUUUCCAUUUUAAAGGAAGCAAGAGCUGUCAAUUCUAAGGAUCUUGGAAAACCACAAAAUCCUGCAAAGCAACUUAAGCAGACAGUAAGUGACAUAAAACAUGACGUCCAGUCCCAGCUUCAGCAGACCCGUAAAACUGGCUUUAGGGUGCAGAAGAUUGCUAAAAGAUUGCAGAAGCUGCACAUUAAUGGUCUCAACAAUGCUAUAAACUCUGCAACUGUUGUUGCUGUACUCAUAGCGACUGUUGCUUUUGCGGCCAUUUUCACUGUGCCUGGCCAAUAUGAAGAAAAUAAAGUAAAAGGCACAUCUCUUGGGCAAGCCCAUAUAGCAGAAAAUCCAGCUUUCUUAGCCUUCUUUGUUUUUGACAGCUUAGCAUUGUUCAUCUCUCUUGCUGUUGUCGUGGUCCAAACAUCUGUUGUUGUGAUUGAACCGAAGGCAAAGAAACAGCUUGUGUUUUUUAUAAACAAACUCAUGUGGCUUGCUUGCCUCUUCAUUUCAAUCUCAUUUAUUUCUCUCACUUAUGUAGUCGUGGGGGUGAAGUACAGGUGGCUUGCUAUUUAUGCAACAGUUGUAGGGGGAUCAAUCAUGCUUACUACAAUCGGCUCCAUGUGCUAUUGCGUGGUUUUGCAUAGAAUGGAGGACUCAAGAUUGAGGAGUAUAAGAAAAGAUAGUCGACACGAUUCUUACCCUAGGUCAAUGGUAUCAGAUCAGGAGAUACUGGACAGCGAAUUUAAUAAGAGGAUGUAUGCAGUAUAAGGACAUCAGAGGGAUAACGGAACAAGUACGAAUUUUCUGGCUUCUUAUAUUCAUCAUCUACUUUAUGAGGCUCGUAUCUCAUAUACUUGCAAAAUUUUGCUUGUAAAAAGUUAACCUGAGGUGUUGCUUUGUUGAUAUAAUAUGAAGUUAUGAAUAGAUUAUUCUGCUGCAGCAACGCAAAGGCGGUUGUCAUCUGCUCAUCCUUAAUAUACCGGAAUUUAACCUUGAUAAGGACUGCCAGUAUCAUACAGUUGGUUGUUCCUUCGACAUCUGUUCGAUGAUGAAUUGCGCGACUAUCUGAAUCUGUUGUACAACUAGUUAUUACAAAUUUGAUCAAAGCUUAAAAGCACAAAAGAUAUCAACUACAGAAGACAAAUAUAUCCUUAUAUAUUCACUGUCUGUAGACUCUGUAUUGUUUUGUAUAUCUAAAGCUAAUCGGUUAUUAUGUUAAGAAUUCAUGUUCUUGAAUAAUGAAAGUAUAGAAUAAAUUUUUGAA